UUGUAAGAAAAACCAAUUUCGCCACGCAGGUAAAUUGAUUGUUUAAGAAUAAUGGAGAUUUGGGUUUGACUCAAAUGAGCAGAGAAAACAGAGGUUUUAUCUAAGGAGGAACAAACAAAGUUCUUUUGUCUGAAUAAGAAAGGGGUUCUCUUGCUUUUGGUGAUGAUGGCAGGUGUUCUCCUGCUUGCAAUGUGUUCCGAGGGAGGAAAGAUUGAUAGUAAUAGUAUUAUUGACAGGUUCGGGUAUGAUACCUCGAAAAUGAAGCAUUAUAGGAGGAUGCUGGAAGGUCAGCUACAAAGGUUGUCACCAGGAGGACCGGAUCCCCAGCAUCACUAGCCGGCUCCGAACAACCAGAAUUUUCCUUUCCCUGUUUGGAAACCUAAGAUAUGUAUAAUAAAGGACCCUCUGUUUUGUAAUCAAAUUACAUCAAAGCG